UAAAAUUUUGCAUCUUCUCUUUGCAGGACCCAGCCAGGAUUCUGAACACAAGUAGCAGCAGCAGCAGCAGUAGUAACAAUUUUUCAAAGACCCACAAGAUAACAAAGGAGCACAAGGAAAAAACUUCUAAAGACUUAAAAGAACAUAAAAGUGCCUUCAAAGAACCUUCCAGGGAACACAACAAAUCUUCCAAAGAAUCCUAUAAGAAGCCCAAAGAAAACAAAGCACUAAAAGAUGAAAAAAUAGUUCCUAAGAUGGCCUUCAAGGAACCCAAACCCAUAUCCAAGGAGCCAAAAUCUGAAAACACUCCCACCAUUACAGGUGGGCAGCAACAAGAAAAGAAGAUGCCUACAAAAAGGCCCUAUGUUCUGCACUCUGAUGAACCUUCUGCAAAAAAAAGAAAAAAAAGUGGCUCAGAUUCGUUAUUUAAAAGUUUCUCUAGUGCCCCACCACUGAUUCUGACUUGUUCAGCUGACAAAAAACAGACAAAGGAUAGAUCUCAACUCAAGGUGGGGAGACUCAAAAUUGAAAAUGAUGCACUGGAAAGGAAGACGCCUACUCUGCCACCGUUUGAUGAUAUUGUAGAUCCCAAUGAUUCUGACAUGGAUGAAAACAUGUCCUCCAAAUCCGAAUCUGAACAGCCCAGUCCUGCCAGUUCCAGCUCCAGUUCCAGUUCCAGUUUUACACCAUCUCAAAACAGCAGACAACAAGGUCCAUUGAGGUCUAUAAUGAAAGAUCUGCAUUCAGAUGAUAAUGAAGAUGAAUCUGAUGAAGCAGUUGAGAAUGACAAUGAUUCUGAGUUAGAACGACCUGUGAAUACACGAGGAGGAAGCAGGAGUCGCAGGGUUAGUCUGAGUGAUGGCAGUGACAGUGACAGCAGUUCAGCUUCCUCACCACUACAUCAUGAACCAGCUCCACCUUUACUGAAAAACAACAGCAACCAGAUUUUAGAAGUGAAAAGCCCAAUAAAGCAAAACAAAUCUGAUAAACAAAUGAAGAAUGGGGAUUGUGAUAAGGCAUAUCUUGAUGAACUAGUAGAGCUCCACAGAAGAUUAAUGACGUUGAGAGAGAGACAUGUACUGCAGCAGAUAGUAAAUCUUAUAGAAGAAACUGGACACUUCCAUAUCACAAACACAACCUUUGACUUUGACCUUUGCUCACUGGACAAAACCACAGUCCGUAAACUACAGAGUUACCUGGAAACAUCUGGAACCUCCUGAGGAUUCAGCAUCUGGCUGCAUCAACAACUGUUCUUUAAGUGAAACAUUCAGAAUAAUGCAACCAAAAUGGGGAGAAAAAACAAAACAACUCUCUUUAGCUUUAUUUUUUCUUAAAGCCAGUCAUCAUCUCUUGAUAAGGGAGAGGAAAAGUGACAAGACUCAGAGGACUGUUCUUCUCAAGAAGAAAAUACUCUGGAAGAGAAUGCCUGGAUAGCCUUGAAAAACAAACACACAAAAACAAAAAUACUCAGUCUUAAUGAAUGUGUAUGAUAAUCAUGUAUCUCUCUCUGUGGUGUUGAAGUCCACAAGGUGAAUGCAUGUUCAGCACACUGCCUUAUUACAUAACUGAUCUAUUUAUUAUUGCAUACAUGUAUUCUAAGGUCAGUAAGUCAUUGAGUGGCACUACCAGAUGUUGCAAGUAGAGGGGUCCCAUGUGUGCCCUUUUGAUGCAGUACUAUCACAAGCCUAGUAACCUUAUUCAUGUUAAAAUGCCACUUCUUGCUAUCUUUCUCUAGUCAAAACACUACAGUCUUGUUCCAAUUCUGCAGUUGCAGGAAACAAGAUACAAAGUCGGAGACCAAAGAGUGGUCCUAUAUUUUGUUUCCCGUCUGCCACAGUGGGUUGGACCACAGCAGACUGGACCACAGGUCCUUGGUUCUAUC